AUGAUAAUGCUUAUCAUUAUAAUCUUUAAAACUCAUCAAACCUUGAUUUAUGAGUUUAAUGCUACUUCUAACGUUUUAGAUGGAUGGGAAUGUUAGAAUUCUUAUAAUUUCAAUACUUAUCAAGGCAUUCAUUAUUUUGGAUCUUCUAAUAUUAAUCGUUAUGAAAUUAGCAGGAUUUUUUUAGAUCUUGACCCUCAUUCUCAUAUUAUAGUGGAUGCUCAAUUUUUAAUUAUUGAUAACACUUAUCAACCUUAUAUUUAUAUAGACUUUUAAUAACAAAGUAAUUAGUUUGCAAUACUACCUUAAAAUUACAUAUUUAGCGGUGCAUAACCUGAAUAUUUGCGUACUAUUUCUAUUACUCAUUAACAUAAUAGAAGAACUAUUUGGAUCUCAAUUAAUUAGUAAUAUGGAGGAUUAAUAUCACUAAAAUUAAAAUGCUCUGGAUGUAUAGAUAAUUAUCAUGCAAAUUGUUAAGAAUGGAAACUGCAUUAAUAUUCAUUUAAUUAGAAAAACUUCACAUAUUCCGAUGGUUGGACUUUUGAAUUAAAUUAAGGGUAUUAUUUUUAAUGUGGAAAUUGCUAAUUUUUGAAAAUUAGUUAUAUUAAAUAUAAAACUUAACUACCUCCACAUAAAGAUUACGUGGGUCGGAAAGACCUGCCAUGUCUCGAAGUAGCACACCCUUACGUCCGG